CUUUCCCCUUCUACUCCCUUCUUUAUACUCCCCACUCCAGACCUCAAUAUUCACUCCCAAAGCAACUCUCUCCCCUUCCCCAUCCUUGUCCUAUCUUGGUCUCAGUAGCCAGUGUUUAUCUGGUGAUCACGGGUGGUUUAAUCUGAUCAUGGGUGACUCCUCGUCAGCUUCCUACAUCCGAAUGGUGCAACAUCUGAUCGAGAAGUGCCUUCUCUUCCACAUGAAUAAGCAAGAGUGCGUGGAUGCCCUCUCCAAGCAUGCUAACAUUAAGCCUGUCAUCACGUCUACAGUAUGGACGGAGUUGGUGAAGGAGAACAAGGAGUUCUUCGAGGCGUACAAUCGAGAGAGGGAGGAGUGGUUGUCGGAGAUGGAGACAAUGCAAAGGAUUCAAAAGAUGCUGGCCGAGAUCGCUGCCAGAGACUCCAACGACGAAGAGUAGCAGAUACCAUCCCUUCAUGAUCGACCUCCAAUUAAAGUCUUCCGAACAAGUCUAUUAAUGUCUACUACUACUGAAGAUAGUGGCAGCAAGUUUGUAAAUUCCACCACAGGACUAGGGUGGACAAGUAAUUAAAUAAAGCUUCGAAAUUAUUCUAGUCAAUGUUGGGGGAGGGCUUGGGGUUGGAAUGCACGGGGUGGUGUUCUUUUAUAUAUGUACAGGUGGCAGCACGAGGACUCUUGGGUCCAUCAUGACGUGUAAGUUUUAUGGAACUUGAUAUAUAUUUUUUCCUUUGGAUUGACA